AUGUCUAACGUUCGUCGGUCGACGAGAAUUCGUGAUAAGUCGUCCAGGACUGAUGACGAUGGAGACAAUACCGAUUCAAUGGAUCUGGUUCACAUGGAUGAAGAUAUCGGGUAUGGCAACAGCUCGGUAGAUGAUUUGGACGAUAGCGCCGCCGAGGGAACAGAUGAUGAGGAGUACCAAGAGCCCAAAUCUAAUCAACGCAAGCGUGGAAUAGUCGACAAAAUAGAUAAAUCAGGAACUCAAUCUAGAUCCAAAAAAGCCCGAGUCUCGAACGUGGAUCACUCCAAAACCUCCAAGAAAAGUCGGAAAGCGUUUCUUGAAAGACAGCAGGGCUUUGAGUUCACGGAGCUGUUUCAAAUAAUGGCAAAUUCGGAAGAUUUCUCGAUCGAGGAACUGGCGAACAGAUGGCUCGAGUCGUACUCCGAAAGUAGAGAUAAAGCACUGCAAGAGUUCAUUAACUUUUUGCUCAAUUGUUGUGGGUCCCUAGUGCAAGUUCGGGAACAUGACGUUGUGUCAAAUGAGACCGCUAACGAGACUGUGGCUGAAAUCCAAUUGCAAUUUCAAGAUCAGGAACUGCACGAGUCAUACCUAUUGAUGAGCAAGAAUUAUAAGAGACGUGCCAGAUACAAGCCGCUCUACGAAAACUUUAUGGAGUUUACUCAUAAGCUACUUGAUUUAGCCCACGAACGUGGCCUUCUCUAUGAAAGCCCUAGCGAGCCCGAUAAGACCCAAUCGGUCGAUCAACCUCUGAUUCUAGACCUCUUGACCUGGUUGUCCUCAUUGUCUGUGAGCAAAAUACGGUGUCUGCGACAUGUUGCAACCUUAUGCAUGUAUUCAUUUCAGGAUUUCCUAACAGCAUUGAGCGUUGAUCUGGAGAACAACUACUUGGUGAAGCUCAGACGGCAACUUGGGAUGGAACAUAAGAAAAAAAGAGCGAAUCCUAAAACAGCAGAAAAACUAGAGGCAACCAUACAUGAAAUUCAGGAAACCAAGUCCGUGGUGGAGAAUAGUAUUGACAACAUUAUUAAACUCUCAUUCGUUCAUCGCUUCAAAGACGUGGACCAGGCCAUACGGGUGGACUCGAUAACACAUCUUGCUAUAUGGCUUGAGAACUAUCCGGAGUACUUUAUGAAAGUUACUUUUCUAAAAUAUUUUGGUUGGUUAUUGUCUGAUCUUUCAUCGACAGUUCGGUUGCAAGUGGCCAGGGUGAUACUCGAAAUUGUCAAGUUUGACAACAAACGGAGGAAACACAAGGUUGGAAGCACUGCUUUGCGGCAAUUUUUCGACAGAUUCAAGCAGAGAAUACUCGAAAUCUCUUUGAAAGAUGUUGAUACUCAAGUUCGCGUUGCCGCGAUACAAGUCCUGACUCAGAUCAACGCCAUCGGCUACAUGGAAGACAAUGAAGUAGCAAAAAUUUCAAGCCUCAUAUUUGAUGACCGAAAGGUGGACACUUCUUCAGUCGCUAAAAAUGCCAAGCUGUUGGGCUCCGUGGCCAGGUUUUUCGCAGAUGUGCAAAAUGACAAAUUGGAGCUGCUCAUCGAAUCGCAUUCUUUUCCCAACAAAUCAAAUGUUUUACGGCCCCGGGACAUCAUUGAAGCAGGCUUUUUCAUGAGAACGUUGGUCAAGUCAUUUUCAAGCUAUUUGAGCGAACUUCAAGAAGAUUGCGCAGUGGAAAAUCGUUCCCGUUUGUUGUACCAGGCUGCGGAGUUUCUCGAGCCUUUCUUUGGGCGCUUAAUCGCAUCUCUUUGUGAGCUAUUGAUUUUCGACGGGAGCUUUGAGGGGUUUUCCGAUGUUGAAGACACCGAAACUGGUGAGAAAGUCCUUUUGUUACCGAGAGAUGAAAACAGCAUUACUCAGUAUGUUAUCGUAUUGGCCGGUUUGUGUCACGGUGGAGGUAACAAAAAGAACUCGAAAAAACCCGAGACAGUGAUGGCGUCCAUGGUUCAUCUCCCAGAGCUUUUUGCUACAUUGCCGCUUCAUUCGAGCGUCGUUAUGCACCAUCUUUUCAGCAUCUACACACUUUUUACAUUCGAAGAUUGGAUUGCCGCCCAUUUGGAAAAGGAGUUUCAGAAGGUUACCGAUGUAAUUGUCAAAACUUUUGACAGAAUGCAACUAAUGAAUGAAAAAAAUGACAUCAAUCGGUCCUCUUUUGCAGCUGUGAUGCAGUUUCAUAAGAAUUUGGGGCUCCCUCAGGUGACUGAUGGAUGGAAGAACCAAGUGGGACAAAUCCGCGUAUCACUGCAGGUCUUCUUAGAAACAAAGGCCGACAGUUUUGCCGAGUCAGAGGUAAACAGUCUGUUCACAACCGUUCAUGAGACGUACAUUAACAAAUUGGUUAUGCUGGGUAAAAUACUUCCGCUUAAUAUCACUCCUGACUUGAUGCGGUUAUAUUUCGAAAAAGUCGUUAACAAGGUACCUGGUAGCUUAGAUUUACUGCGAAGUGAGACCAUCAAGGCCAUAGACUUCAAGUUUGUGACUUUGGCUAUCACAUGGAAUUUGCAGCGCUGGUUCGAGAUUUUGCAAAAUAGUACAGAUGCGACACCACUAUCCACAAACGUACUUCAAACGGUCAUCAAUGUGUUACGGCAACUUACUUUUAGUCUCGCUGAGUUAUCACAAUGUUCACUUGACGAGCUUCGCAAUUGUCUAAACAUCAAAUUCAAACUUUGUGACGCGCUGGCUGAUUGUCUUACUGCUUACAAAAUGUUCGAGCUGAAUAUUCCAAGUAAGGACUACGAGUGGCAGCGAGCCAUAGCAGAUGAUUAUUCAGCGGUGGUCGAUCCGCAACUAGCAAAAUUUUUUCUGGACGUUUUUCUUUACCUGGAGAGCUUACGGGCAAAAGAACUUGGAGUUCAACUCGACCGCUUCGAAGAUGAAGAUGUCAAUCUCAAUGAUAUUUCUGACGACAACGUUGAAGAUGUUGAGCAAGAACUUAUUGUAUACGCGGUGAAACUCAAAGGCCUGCUGAAUUUGGGUCUGCUAGAUGCUGCUAUAAUAGAGCGCCGAAUGUCUUUGAACAAAAACGUUCUGGGUCCUAAUUUUGCAUCAAUUGCUGACGAUACUGCCUUUGACACGACCCAGAUAACCAAGAGGCAGCUGGCUUCUGCUAAUCACGAACGACAGAUCUUCGAUGAUCGGGACGAGGAUCGCGUCGCGGGACUAAAAGAUCCUCAAAAUUUAGCUAGCGCAAUUGAAGAUGUUGCAGAACAAGUGGGGACCAGGGAGGCGAGCUCCGAAUUUCUAUGA